AUGAUGGUAUGCGAUAAUAGCUCUGUGUCUAAAAAAAACCGUAAAAGUGUACCAGUGUUAUGUCAAAAAUAUAUGGCUGAUGCUGGAGGUACUCGUCGCCGCGUAAAAUUAUACACAUUAAAUGAAGAACGGCAGUGGGAUGAUCGAGGUACUGGCUAUGUCACGUGCACAUCAUCAAAUGAUCGUUUGCACAGCCACAAUUAUUCAAUCAUUGUUAAAUCGGAAACGGACGGUACGAAUGAUCGAACUUUUGAAACAUUAAUUGUAUGGUCGGAAGGAGAAAAAUUUGAUUUAGCCUUGAGCUUUCAAGAAAAAGCCGGAUGCGAUGAUAUUUGGGAAAAUAUUUGUGAAGUGCAAGGAAAAGACUCUUCAUUUAUUACCACCGAUCCAACAUCAAUUUACGAGAGUGACGAUGAAUCAUGUGCAGCAGAAUCUAAUGAAAACUUUUUAAAUACUACGAUUAAUUUACCAUCAGUCGAUUUAGCUCAUAUACGAGAAAUAGUUGAUUUAUUUCAACCGGAAAAAGUGCGUGAUGCAUCACGUCGUGAUAACUUAGCACGUUCAAUUGAAAUGAAUAAUUAUAUAAAAAAACUAAUCGAUUUAUUUCAUCAAUGUGAAGAUUUGGAAAAUAUUGAAUGUUUGCACUAUCUAUACGAUAUUAUUCGUGGAAUAUUUUAUCUGAACAAAAGUUCAUUAUUUGAAAUAUUAUUUAGUGACGAAUUGAUUCUAGACGUUAUAGGAUGUUUAGAAUAUGAUCCCAAUAAAGCACAACAUCAACAGCAAAAUGAACUGAAACAUCGUGAAUUUUUAGAUACUAAAGCAACAUUUAAAGAGGUUAUACCCAUAGGCAAUCAAGAAUUAUUAUCAAAAAUACAUCAAACAUAUCGUAUACAAUAUAUUCAAGAUGCAAUACUCCCUGCACCAUCGCUUUUUGAAGAAAAUCUAUUAUCCACCAUGAAUUCAUUUUUAUUUUUUAAUAAAGUUGAAAUUGUAACGCUAUUAUACGAAGAUCCAAAAUUUUUAACCCAGUUAUUUUCCACAUUGAAAGAUGAUAAUGUAUCAGAUGAAAAACGUAAAGAUUUGAUGUUAUUUCUCAAAGAAUUUUGUGUCUUUUCACAAACAUUGCAACAACAGAAUCGCGAUGCAUUUUUUCAAGCAUUAGCUAGUCAAGGAAUAUUGACAGUAAUUCAACUGAUGCUGAGUUUGGAUGAUAUUACAAUUAAACAAGCGGCAUUAGACGUAUUUGCAUCAAUCGUUGAAUGUAAUCCAUCAACAGUAAGAGAAUAUAUGCUACAUGAAACACAAGCAACACAAGAUGAUGAUGAAUUACUAUUGAAUUUGGUCAUUAGCGAAAUAAGAAGUGAUCCUGAUCCAGAACUCAGUGGAGCAUUGAAUCUUAUGAAUUUUUUAAAAUUAUUAAUCGAUCCAGAUGGCAUGUUAGCGACAUCCAUUGGCGAAAAAACAGAAUUUUUAUCUUUUUUCUACAUUCGUUCCAUGCCUGUAUUAUUAGCACCGUUAAUGGCUAAUACCAGUGAUUUAAAACUAGGUCGUGAUGAUUUUCAUACAGCACAAUUACAAAAUUUAAUACUUGACUUUGUGACAUUCUGUGUUGAACAUCACACAUAUCCUAUGCGCAAUUUUCUGAAUAAAAAAGAUUUAUUAAGACGCGUACUUGUUUUAUUAAAAUCAAAACAUCAAUUUUUACAACUAAGUGCACUUCGUUUUCUUAGACGUAUUAUUGGUCUUAAAGAUGAACAGUAUACUUUGUCUAUUGUUCAUAAUAAUUUAUUACAACCUGUUGUUGAAGCAUUUAAAUCGAAUGGUAGACGUUACAAUUUAUUAAAUUCUGCGUUAAUUGAACUUUUUGAAUUUAUUCGACAAGAAGAUCUGAAAGCAUUAUUGAUGUAUGUUGUUGAAAAUUUUUAUUCUGAUUUUGAAUCGGUAACGUACGUUAAAACAUUUAAAGAAAUGAAAAUACGUUAUGAUCAACAUCGUGAUAAAAAAGAACGUUCACUUAUUGAUAGCGGCACACCGAUUAUCUCACGUAUGUUAGAACAAAGACACCGUAAAGAUGCGAGAGAUUUAGAUAUUGAAGAAGAAAAUUGGUUUAAUGAUGAUGAUGAAAAUAAUGAUAGUCAACAACAAAAUCACGAUCUGACAUUAGACAAUAACAAUGAAAAUGGUUUAGAUGAUGCUCAAGCAACAACAACAUUAGAUUCAACGGAUGAUCUCUCAUUGAUUUCACAACAACGAAAUUUUGCACCAUAUAGCCGUUCGAAUCAUCUUAAAUCCGCGAUCAGUAUUCACAUUCGACGUCCUAAUCCUUCAUUGCCUAUAUCUGUUGGACAAUUGUAUCAGUCAUCAUCAAUUCCUAAUUCUACUUCAUAUUCUCUAUCAUCAUCUCUAUCUAGUAUAAAUUAUGCAUCGACAAUAGCAAAUAAAAUUCAUAAGAAUAAUGAUCAUGAUUUAUCGCUUCGGCUAGAUAUACCAUCUUCAUCAUCUUCACUAGAAUCAUCAAUUGCAAAUGAAUCUUCCUCCAUCACAAUGAGUCCUGGACUUCGAAAUAUUGCACAAUAUCAAGAUCAAGACUCGGAUGAAGAUGAUCAGAAUCCAACGUUGGAAGAUGAGGCAGAAGAAGAAGCAAGCGAAGGUGGAGAUAUCGAGAUAAAUGAAACGAUAUCAGAAGGAGUCGCCGAAAAACCUCAGCUUACGCCGAAUACAAUUCUAACAGCGGAUACUGAUGAUUCUGUUGAAUCAAACCAAAGUGCAUGUGUCUCGUCGUCGUCAUCAUCAUCGUGUUCAACUGAAAACAUUACACAAUCCGAAGGAUUAUAUCAUGAUCCAAAUUCUGUCCGUGAUGAUAUAAACAAUUUGAGUAACAAUAGUAGUAAUAAUCAGUAUUCAGACAAAAAUGGUGACCUGUUAACAAAAAAUACUAGCUUCGAAGAAACACCCACAUCAUCAGAAGAGAUAAUAUCGUCUUCAUCAACCUCUUGUCGAAAACGUAAUCGAUCUGACAAUGAUAUUACAACAGAAGAUAUUUCUACUCAAGAAGCUAAAGUGUUUUGUAGACGAAGUCAAAAUGAUAAUAGCAAUGUCGAAAUCACAGCAGAGAAUAGUAAUGAUGUGCCCGACGAAGAAGAACGAUAA